AGGGGCCAUCUGGACAAAUUAGGUCAUGAAACUUGUACUCCUGUAGGAUAGCCUAUUUUAGGCCUUCUAAACGUAGUGGAACUCUUAGAUUUUAAAAAAUACACCCAAAAUGGUAGUUUGAUUUCGGCCCCUAGGUUGGUAGUCUACAUUGUAUACAUUCUUUUUUCCACACAAUCUUUAAUACUAGAACACAUACAAAUAAAACAACUUAAAUAAGCAUUAGGAAUGAAAAGACAUCACAUUGUAAACCAUUUCAUAAAUCAUACAUCAAAUAUUGUUUGUUACGGCAAGUGACAUUAGAGUGAACAAUAAUAGUACAAUACGAUCUUGGAGUUACCCCUAUGCUCAUUCUAUUGUUUGAGUCCUAGACUCAUAGUACUGAAACAAGAGUUGAGCCAGAUCAAAACCAUUAGAAUGUUGUUGACGGUGAAUCAAGUUUUCCUCCAACUGAUUCACAAAAGCUGGCUAUUUCAUAGUAUGGUGGAAGAAACGCUCAAAGUCGUCCAAUGUAGCCCUAUAAAUGGAAUCGUCAAUGUACUCGAGUUACCCUAACCUAGGGCAUAUCUCUGAACCGUAAGGAACUCAAUCGAGAGCUGUUGCUAUUGGGUGGUGCGUGUGGGACCAAAACCAACACCGGCAUGGAGUUGGACCAAACAAAACAAUCAAAACAUAUCAAGACUAGGACUUUAGGAUUCUAACUAAACUAAUGAAAUAAAUCUGGUUUUCCUACUUUCUACCCAUAUUUUAGGCACAUUAAAUUGGCCUAAUGCAAAGAAAACCCAUGGAUCAAAGGCCCAACACCUAUAUAACCUAACCCAAGACUUAUUUCCAAUAAAAGAAGUCCAUUAAGUGACUUAUCUACAUCACCCUUUCUACAUAACUAUGAUGUAUGGUGUCUUGAUGGGUACAUUACUUUUCCAAGCCACUUCUACUUGACCUAUCUCCAUUUUGUAGGUCGCAAAAUGUUCAUCCCAUCUCGUCGUAAUGCCUUCAUCCUUUACUAGCACUUUACCAUCCUCACUUUAUAUAUUUAACAUGAUCAAAAUCUCUACUCUUCUUCUCCUGUAUCUUAGCAAUUUUAUUAAUAGCUUUUCCCCCUUCCUUUGUGUUCAAAUUGUUAUAUAGGUCAUCAUAUAUUUUUGCCCUUGCUUUACCCGCCGCCUUCCUUGCUUCGUUUCUGGUAGCCUUAUACCUCUUUUGAUCUUCUCCUCUGUCUUUUUCGAAGUCUUAAAACAAUCUUUUUUAAUCGUAAUGGCUGCCUAGACCUCCUCAUCCUACCAUCAAGUCUCUCUAGGGGCCAGCCGAAUACCUCUAGACUCUAGUCACCCCUAAAGCCUCUUUAGCCACUUUCUUGAUGCAGUCCGUCAUCUUAGUCCACAUUAUGUUGGCAUCUCCCUCAGAAUCCCACUUCCCUUAAUUGACCACUUUAUCAGUAAAUGACCCCAUUAAAUUUCCUUUUAAUCUCCACCACCUUACUUUAUGGCAAACCGGUUUCUCUAACCUACACUUUGGCAUACUGAGGGGCAUAUCCAAAAUCAGUGAUAUGUGUUGAGAACUUGAUUUCCCCUAGGAAUAACCUUGCAAUCUUUAUGCAGCAAUCUGUUGGACCUUCUAGUAAGGAAGAAGUCUAUUUGGCUGGUAUACUUUUCAGUGUUAAUUAGCUUUGAGAAAAAGAAAUGUCCAUUUGGUUGUAUCUAUAUGACUCUUAUGAUAGUUGAGAAAAAGGUUUGCUUGAGUUGAUCUUGAUGUUCACCAAUUAUCUAUCUGCUCUAUGAUUGUUAACUGACAUCUGUUUCAUGAAUUAAGGCAUUCUGUUUGUGAAUUUUUUCUUUAGUAAAUUAGAAUUCUGUUGUUUUUUUUAUUUCUUCCUUGACACAAAUUAUUUGGGCUGGAGGCUGCAUUUAGCAGCAUGGGCUGGGCAGACAGGAGUGGUUGGUUACCUCUGCAAGCAUAAAGCUGACGUUGGUGCCGCUGCUAUGGAUGACAUGGGUGCAAUUCAUUUUGCUGCUCAAAAGGGUCAUUUAGAAGUAGUCCGAGUUCUUCUUGCAUCAGGAGUAUCUGUCCAAGCUUCCAACCGUAAGGGUCUGACCCCCCUGCAUUAUGCUGUUCAAGGAUCUCAUCUGGAGGUCAUUAAAUAUUUGAUUAGGAAAGGUGCCAAUCUGAGGGCAAAGACAAAAGCAGGGAAAACCCCUAUUGAUCUUGUAAACAAUGAGGAAGUUCGCUCAUAUUUAGUAGAAUGUGAAGAGUUAUCAAAGAGAGGAGAAGAUACGGAAGGCAAAGGCAAAGGCCAUGAAUCUGAUGAAAAUCAAUCACUGGAAGAGAAAAGCGGUUCUCCUGGGGAAUCUGAUCUAAAGAAAUCUUCGGAAAAUUUUGCAGAUUCUGACAAUCAUGGUGAAAAUGAAGGAAAGACUGAACCAGUUAAGAGGAAGGAUGAAGGCUUCGAGACAAGGGGAAACCUACCUGAAUCUAAGAAGGCAAGAGUGUCUCUAAAUCAUCUUUUAGCUGAAAAUGAUACUCAAGAAGUAGAGAACUUGUGAAGGAUUUACGAUUGGAAACCACUAUUAGGCUCGUUCGCAAGUUUCUGAAGCUACUUACUAUUUCCUUUGCAGAGUUCAUAAACAAAUACAUUGUACAUAGCAUAGCAUCAAAUUGAGAUGGGAUUGCUUCGCUACAAGUAAUAUUCACUUUAUUGUUCCA